AAUAACUCUUUGUAAGGUCAACCGUUUGACUUAACCAGAAGGUGUAGGCAAUGGAGACAUUGGAGAGAGACACAGGCGAUUCGAAGGAAGCAUCAUCUAGCGCAGAGAUUCAAAACAGUUGGGUCGAGGCUCAAGAUUCACUGAAGACAAGAUUAGUCACAGAAGAUGAUUUCAGAUGGCAAUUGCCGACAACCACCGCGGCCGCGACCACCUUAGUAGGAGGAGGAGGGGAGUGUGAAGUAUUGAAGUACGUGGGUGGGGUUGACAUUAGCUUCGCAAAGGAUGACCCAUCCGUUGCUUGUGGCACGCUCGUUGUUUUGGAUCUUCAGACUCUUGAAGUUGUGUAUGAGGAUUACUCUGCUGUUACCCUCCAUAUCCCAUAUGUUCCUGGCUUUCUUGCAUUCAGAGAGGUACCAAUCCUUCUACAACUUUUGGAGAAAAUGAAGACUUGUGAUCAUCCUUUCUAUCCCCAGAUGUUGAUGGUUGAUGGCAAUGGAAUACUUCAUCCUCGAGGUUCUCAGUCAUACUGGAAAAGUCUUGAUCCCCUUCUGAUGCUUUGGGUUGGCCUGUCAUCUGGGUGUUCUGGCAAAUCUUCCAACUAUUGGGAUAGGAAAGAAUUGAGACAGCUUCUUGAAACCAAAGGAACGCAUGACGAUAUUCUCACUUUAAGAGGUGACUCUGGGCGCACAUGGGGAGCGGCAAUGAGGUCUAAUCCGGGGUCAUUUAAACCCAUUUACAUCUCAGUUGGUCACCGUGUAUCUCUUGCUACUGCUGUUAAAAUUGCUCGAAUGACUAGCAAAUAUCGCGUUCCAGAGCCUAUCAGGCAGGCUGAUAUAAGAUCCAGGGACUACCUUCGGAAGCAUCAAUCUGCUGGAUGAUAUGGUGCGUUAACAAAUUUUGGACUACCUGGUAUUUGUAGGUAUAUUUUUGGUUCUUUUCUACCAGUGACGAGCCAGACGUAUGAGAAUGAAUCUUAAAACAUCUGUAGCUGCUUACCUAAUGCGUGGAGUAAAGAAUCGUCACUUGAUCUCAUAAUAAUCGCCAAACUGAAAAGAUGACCCUUCACUUUUGCAGACGAGGAGUCCUAUGAUAGCUCAACACGAGCACUCAUACUUUUUGAGCAUAAAUGUGCCUCCUGUAUAUUACCAUUUGUACAAUAUAUUUGCUUGUGUAUUAGUCAGGCCUUCUUACCCAAUUUUUUAGUGGAAAUGAGCAGUAAC